AUGCCUCAUCGUAGAGCUAACUUCAGGAAUGCUAAUACUAGGAACGCAAAUGCAACUCCUCCAGUCCCAGAUCAAGAAGUUUUGAAUGCAGAGUUCCAGAACGCCAUUCAGAUGUUGGCUCAGAGUAUGGCCAACCAGAACAAUCAGUGGGUUCCUGAUCAGGCAAAUGCAAAUAUUGGGUCAGCUGCAGCUAGAGUGCGAGAUUUUGUUAGGAUGAAUCAACCAGAAUUCUUAGGAUUGCAAGUGGACUUGGUGAAAACAGAGUGUAAGAAUGCCAUAUUACUUGAAGACAUGAACAUCUCUAGGCUCAUGACUCAUACUCAACAUGUUGAGGGUGAUAAGCUUAGGGAACAUGCUAAGGAGAAUAAGAAAGCUAGGACAGGCAACUAUGACUAUUCUCAACAGAAAUCGGGUGGUGAAAAAUGCUUACAGUCUCAGCAAAGGUCUUCAAAUCCAGCGCUUUCAUCAGCUAGUGUUCCAUCCUCUAAGUUCCAUAAAGAUCAGAAAGGUAGGGAAUCAGGCUCCAAGACUCAAGGUAGUAUUUCAAGCACCAGAAUCUACACAACUUGUCCUAAGUGUGGUAAGAACCAUCCAGCCGAGUGUCUUGCCGGUAAGGAAGGAUGCUUUGGGUGUGGUCAGUCUGGUCACAUGUUGAAGGAUUAUCUUUCUAGAUAG